AUCUAAUUUGUUUUUGUGUUUUUUUUUGCAGCAUGAUUUUAGUUUAAUGAAUACGAAAGCCUUUGCGAACCUAAAAGGCUCUGGCGGUAACAUAUGGGAAGUUUUUGAAGUUUUAGAUGAUGCCCGACGUGCUAUUUUCAGAAAUACCGUGUUUGGCUAUUUUAUUGAUGUCCCUCGUUUACAAGGGGACGCUUUAUUGUUUCAUAAAAUGUUCCUUCAUCAGAUCCGGCCGAACCCUGUUUUAUCUCCAGAUGGAAUAAAACGUUUAUAUUUUCGAGUAGGCAAUACCAAAAUGGUUUAUGGGCCGGAAGAGUUUUGUUUGAUUACCGGCUUCAAUUUUGGGGAGUAUCCAAAAAACAUUGGGAGAAAAGGGUCGGAAAAAUUAAUAAGCAGUAAAAAAAGAUGUUUACUGCGUGAACGGCUAUUUCCGGACCAUACUAAUAGUUCGGUGAAAAUCGGCGACCUGAAAAGUUUAAUUUUAAAUCAAACAUUCCUAGCACUUGACGACCUUGAUGCAGUUAGAGUAUGUUUGAUAUACAUUUUGUGUGAAGGUUUUUUGGGCAAAGAAGUUAACGAUCGGGUGCCACAAGAUUGGUUUUAUUUGGCUGAGAAUUUGGAUCUCUGGAAUAGCUUCGCUUGGAGUAGCUAUCUAUGGGAUUUUACUUAUGUUGACCUUGAGGAUACGUGGAAUAAGAUACAUCAUUAUUUAUCACUUCCUGAGCGUGGUCAAACUUUAAAGUAUUCCGUCUCAGGAUUUACGGCUCCAAUUAGGAUAUGGAUAUAUGAGAUGAUUCCGGCUGUUCGUGCAUGUGGAUUUGCAUUGAGAAAAAAUAAAGACUUGCCUCGGAUGAAAAGAUGGAGCGGAACAAAAAAAUUGAAAUGGGUUGACGUGAACAAGAUUUGGUCAAAGAUGCAGGAGGGGCUACCACUAAGACAAAACAUGUUACCGGGUGAUGGUGAGAUGACAUCUUUUUAUUAUAUGUCAUUUCAAGAGUAUGUAUAUGGUGAAGGGAAAGCAGUUCCAUCCCCAGUACGGGACCAUUUUAGGAGACAAGACGAAUCUUCGUCUAGUAUGUCGUCCAGUGGUCGCUCUCAUGGUAGAGGUCGGGGCAGUGGGAAACACAAGCUAGACGAGUUGUUGAAACGGGUACAUGCACUGGAGCAGCAUGUGUUUAUGAAUCAACAAAAACCUACAGAGGUUUUUUAUGAAGAAGUGAAUAAUGAACAAUUUUGGAACGACAUUAUUUUUGAGGAACCGACAGUGUCACAAAGAAAUUAUGAUGAACAAACGAACUUAUAA